UCUCAUGUGAAUUUAAUUUGUUCUCCAGCCAGAAGAACCCAGAGCGGGUAGAGGAAAUGUCUUCCUCCCCUACACUAUGGAGUGGUUCCCUCUACCACUGUGUUACAUAAAACUAACUAGCCAUGGGAGUUAAACCUUUACCCUUAACUUCAGCCAAGCAUGCUAAUAAAGCUAACUGAGAUGUAAUUGGUUCAUGAAAUAAUCAUAAGGAAGUAGAGUGUAUAUAUCAUCUACCAACUUCCUCCCGCUACAGAAAUAGAGAAAUGAAGUGUUUUUUUUUUGAGGAGGUAACUGCUACAUUUACCAUAACUAUUAAAUUUCUUCAAUACUCUGUUUAACUUCCUUUUCCCCCCACUGUUGUUGGUGUCAUGCAAGAAUCUAUUCACACUGACUAAAACUGAAAGAUACUGGAAAAGUGACAAGCAGAGAAUUUUAAACUUGAAAUUUAGCAUCGCUGCCUGGGAACAACAGAGCCUUGGAUGGCAUAAACUACUCCUACAGACAAAGGCACUAUCCACAAUAAUCAACUUUUUGCUUUUAUUUCAACUGGAUAAUCCUGAUUAGAAAAGGUGAGAAGGUAUCUAUACUUUCUUUCUAUCCAAUACAUUUAUGUUACUAUUUUAUUUCACCCAAUGCUUUCUUUAAAAGAACUAUUCAGCUUAAAUACCAUCUAAAACUUUAAUAUUAAAUAUCUGCAAUUCUCUUCCAGCUCCUGUGACAAAAUUCAAGAAAAUCUGAUAUAAAUGAGUAACAACACAACAUGCAUUCAUCCAUCCAUGAUCUCCUCCAUGGCUUUGCCAAUUAUUUAUACCUUCCUCUGUAUCAUUGGUCUCUUUGGAAAUUCUCUCUCUCAAUGGGUAUUUUUAACAAAAAUAGGUAAGAAAACAUCAACGCACAUCUACCUAGCACAUCUUGUGACCGCAAACUUACUUGUGUGCAGUGCUAUGCCUUUCAUGGGUAUCUAUUUCCUGAAAGGUUUUCAGUGGGAAUAUCGAUCUGCACAAUGCAGGGUGGUCAAUUUUUUGGGAACUCUAUCCAUGCAUGUAAGUAUGUUUGUCAGCCUCUUAAUUUUAAGUUGGAUCGCCAUAAGCCGCUAUGCUACCUUGAUGAAAAAGGAUUCCAUGCAAGAGACCAGUUCAUGCUAUGAGAAGGUAUUUUAUGGCCAAUUACUGAAAAAAUUUCGCCAGCCCAACUUUGCUAGAAAACUAUGCGUUUACAUAUGGGGAGUUGUACUAGGCCUAAUUAUUCCAGUUAUCAUAUACUACUCAGCUGUAGAGGCUACAGAAGGAGAAGAGACCCUGUGCUACAAUCGGCAGAUGGAACUGGGAGCCGUGAUCUCUCAGAUUGCAGGCCUCAUUGGAACCACAUUUAUUGGAUUUUCAUUUUUAGUCGUAUUAACAUCAUACUACUCUUUUGUCAGCCAUCUGAGAAAAAUAAGGACCUGUACGUCCAUUACGGAGAAAGAUUUGACUUACAGUUCUGUGAAAAGGCAUCUUUUGGUCAUCCAGAGUCUACUAAUAGUUUGCUUCCUUCCUUAUAGCAUUUUUAAACCCAUUUUUUAUGUUCUACACCAAAGAGAGGACUGUCAGCAACUGAAUUAUUUAAUCGAAAUAAAAAACAUCCUCACCUGUCUUGCAUCAGCCAGAAGUAGCACAGACCCCAUCAUAUUUCUUUUUUUAGACAAAACAUUCAAGAAGACACUAUAUAAUCUCUUUACAAAAUCUGAUUCACCCCAUACACAAUCUGAUGGCUGACUUCUGAAUGGAAACCACCACCAAAUAGAAAAGUGUUCAUAUGACUCUAUUAGGGACACUAAACUACAUGAUUACCAGGUCAUAGCUUGGUUAAUAACAGGCACCGAGAAAGCCUCUUUGGCUUUAACAAAUACAUAAAUAAAUAAAUAAUCAUAUACAUCACUUUACAGUUCUACUUAUACUGAAAGCUGAGAUGGCAGAGACUUUCAGAGGCAAAAAUCAAGCAUAUUGAAAGGAUCCCACUGCUUCUGAAACCCACAGACCAUUUUCUGUUUGAACUCAAUCGCGGAUGCUUCUAUUCAGAGCACAGUAUUUCACGACUGUAGGAUAAAAAAGCAAAUUGUUUAUGACUUCUGCUUUCUAGUUGUUAGAAUACAAAGGUCCAUCUACGGUUAAUGUCUUGUUGGGAACUUUAAAAAUGAGUAAAAAAAAAGUGAAUAAGAAAUUUCCUCAAGUAAGUCCCAUCUAAAUGAACAGGUAAAAAUCCAAGGUUGUAUAAACACAUUAUUCAUUUGGUAUUAUCUGGCUCAUGUUACUGGGAGAAGCAAUAUUCAUUCAUUCUAAUAUUUAUUAAACAGAUGUUAUUUAUAAAUAUGCUUAAAUAUUUGGACUAGGUGUUGUCAAAAUAAAAAGCUAAAACAAUGCAUUAAAUGCCGAUCUCCACCACAUUUUGCAUAUUUUCCUCUGUAUUCAAUAUAAAUAAUGUUAUUAAUGACAAACAGUACCUGGCAUGUAGAUAUGUUCAAUUACUUUUUGUGAAAUAAAUGACUAAUAAGGCAGUAUAAUAGUAUGGGCGUUGAGAGAUGGUCUCUGCAGUUAGAUUCCCUGGGUUCACUCCCAGGCUCUACCUCUUACUUAGCCGAACAAUCUCAGGCAAAUUACUUACCCUCUUUAAGUGUUAAUUUCUUCAUUUGUAGAAUAGAAAAAUACUACGUAAUUCAUAGGUACUAUUAUUAAAUCAGAUGAUGUUACUUUUUAUGAGUAGCUAUCAUUUACUAGGCACUCUGCUUAUAUGCUUUACGUGUAUUGUUUUAAUCAUCACAAUCCUAAAAUAUGCCAAUUUACUGAUGAAAAAAAUGAAGGGCACAGUUAAGUAAGUUGCCCAAAUUUUCUCCAAUAUCUAAGUAAAUAUUUAAAGAGUAAGCAUUUCUUGAUGGUCAUUUCUUUCUUUCAUGUAAUCCUGGAAUCUAUAUUCUGCAUUAUAUACAUUAUAAUUUAAAAAAUGUGUGUUUUGUCUUCCUAAAAGAGAUCAUAAGCACCUUUGGAACUAUAGUCCAUUUUCUAUUUCUCCUCCCAUGGUACUGGCAUUCUCUGCUCUGAUAAGAACCAAACAAAAACAAGUGAAUAAAACUGAAGUUGAAUAAAUGUGAACUGUAACCUGCUACUUCGUUAGAGACUGCUUACAGACUCAUUUAUUCUCGCCAUGGUAAUUUCUUCAGUGCUCAAGAAGAAGUUUAAAGUAAGUUCACAAAGUGCUUCCAAAUCUUUAAUCUCAUAGCAUGUUUUUUUCCGGAAUUAAAAAUGUAGAAACAAUUCACUGUACCAAUUCCCCAAGAGCUUUGUGUUCAAAAUCACUAAAGAUUUUUCCAUUACAUCUGAGUAAUUUUCAUUAAAAAAGAACAGAAAACAAACAGUAAGUAUUUUUUUCUCCUUGUUUACUUCAAUGCUUAACUGAGAGAAGAAAAUGUUCAGAAAAAAGUCUGAAAAAAACCUACGCUGGCUUCCGAUAUGUACAGUGUCUAUCCAUUCUCUUACAGCAAUCUGGGUCUGGCUGAUUAAUUUGCAGAGAAAAAGGUAGACCUGGGAACUCCACGUGACUCCCUAAGUGCUGGCUGUAAACAGAGGUGUCCAAUCUAGUAACUUCAUAGACAUGAGAAUCACAGAAUGACCCAGAGUGGACCAGGACAGCUCCUGAGACACCAGCUUCCUCCACGGUUCUAUCGCUAGUUUUAUUCUUAUACAAGUUUUAAACCAAAACUCAUUAGACUAAGAGGAACUGAGAAGAUGAUCAAUAGUUUGCAUUUAACAUAAGCUAUACUGUAUGAAAUCUCACUGCACUUAGGAGUUUUAAAAAUAUCUAUGACUUCUAAAAACCAUUACUUAAAAAAAUCACUUUUCAUCGCCACUAAUUUUAAAUUAAAAGAUAAAAGAUAUUACCAAAGUAGAGUUUCCUACAUUUAAAAAAGGCAGGAAAGGAGGUAUGUAAUUUCUCUUCAAGUGACUCAUUCUGAUAGAAAACCCCACUUUAAUUCUCUGGACUGAACGGUACACUGAGCUUCUCAGCACCAUGUUUAUCUUUAUAUCAUAGAUGCCUUCCUGAACAGGCGAUUCUAAGUCAUGUUGAAUUUUUUGUGUAAUUGAAGAACUGGCUAUUUAAUGUCACAGUAAAUAUCUUAUAUGAAAUAUCACUUCCUAAAUUAACCCUAAUUUUAAAGUGUGCAUUUCAGAAAGACAGUCUUUUUUAAUGCAUCUGUGAGUUAUAGUCAAACACAAUUUCAGAAAUCCACAAUUUUGAUUUAUAGGCCAACAAGAUCUUAAUUCUAGAAAACAGGCAUGACAAAUGUUUAUUUCCUCUUUUAUUCUUCCCAAAGACACAUUCUCAUUGAGGCAGCUUUCAAACUAUUAAUCAGGAACACAAACCAUUAAGACUAGACAAGCAAAAUUAAGGACAGCUACUCAACCUAGAAGUGAGUUCCUACUCCACGGGUACAAGAGGAAAACAUCAAUCCUGUUCUGAUUUGGAAAGGACCGCUGCAGCUGAGCCCUGGUCUUGCUGUC